UCCGCGCGCAGCCGGGACUGCUUCCCGGUGCGUCUGUCUGUCCGUGCGUGCCCGCCGCAUGGGGCGGGCGCCGGGCUGAGGCGCGGGAGGCGCCCGCUGACCCCCCGCCGCCAUGCACACGGGGCAGAAGGACACCACGUUCACCAAGAUCUUCGUGGGCGGCCUGCCCUACCACACCACGGACGCGUCGCUGCGCAAGUACUUCGAGGGCUUCGGCGACAUCGAGGAGGCCGUGGUCAUCACGGACCGCCAGACGGGCAAGUCCCGUGGAUACGGCUUCGUGACCAUGGCAGACCGAGGGGCUGCCGACCGAGCGUGCAAGGAUCCCAACCCCAUCAUCGAUGGCAGGAAAGCGAAUGUCAACCUGGCGUAUUUGGGGGCCAAACCACGGAGCAUUCAAACCGGUUUUACUAUAGGUGUGCAGCAGUUGCAUCCAGCCUUUAUUCAGAGACCCUUUGGGCUAACUCCUCACUAUAUUUAUCCUCAAGCAAUCAUUCAGCCCAGCAUGGUCAUCCCUACCCCUGUGCAGUCUAUCACGUCUCCCUACAUAGACUACGCCACUGCGAGCCAAGCCUAUACCCAGUACACCACAGCUGCCUACGACCAGUACCCCUACGCCGCCUCUCCUGCUGCUGGGUUUGUGGGAUACGGCUACCCAAGUGCAGUCCAACCGCCCCUCACAGCAAGCAAUCCAGCAGCACCCACCACUGCUUUUGUUCAGUAUCAGCCCCAACAGCUGCAACCUGACCGCAUGCAAUAAGGGUCCAGCCCAGGCAUCUACCACAUAGGACAAUCUUACCAUGGAAGGAUACAAAAAGAGCAAAAAAAUCAAAAAAAACCCCAAGAAAAACAAAGGGAAAAAUGAAUGAAAAGAAACGAAAUCCUGUUGGGUGCAUAUGAAUACCGAAGCUAUUUAUAGUGUUAAGGGGGAAACCUGAACCCUUGCAAUCUGGCUACACUCAUGAAGAAGGACUCCCGGUAAGUUUUUGGACAUGGAUCAUCUUGAAGACAUACUUUAAAGUCUCUGAAACGUUAGAAGGAAAACUACAGUUUCUUGCACACUUAGUGGUCUGCUUCCAUCGUCUGUCGUCUCCUCAUCCCCUCACCUUAUCCCCCCAUCCAUCAGUUAUCCCCACCCCAGCUCCCUUUGCCACCAUCAGACCUGCAGUCCUCUUCUUUACUAUCGAGGUACGCACGGUACUUGGAGAACAGUGGGGGGAGGGAAAGCGAUCUUAUUUUUUGGUUGUACAAAAACUUUGUAAUACUCAGAGAUGCCUUACAGAAAAAAAGAAAAAGAAAACUAUUUUUUAAUAUUUAUUGCGAUUUUAUUCGCAUGAGCUGUGAAUUACAGACAGAAGAAGAAUAGUAAGUAUCUGCCUUGUUUAAUUCUCAUUUUACUAAAUUAUUGUAUGUAGGUAAAAGUUCCUAAUUGCUGAAUCACUUCAACAUGCAAAAGGGAAUAUUGGCUUUAAGGAAAGCAGAAUAUUCCUUUAGUCGACGCACUGUAAUAUUUUCUUAUUGUAAUUGUUACUCUGUUAAGAUUAUCUCAAAUUUAGGUAUAUUUUUAAAAUGGGGGGGGGAGGGGGAAAGAAACAACCAACCAAGAACACCGAACAUAUUGUCUACUUUGAUAAAUCUUUUGUUAUAAUGCUGCAAUUUAUGGAGACACUUACAGUAUUUAUGUAAAUCUAGAGUUUUCAGGCUGUUGUCUGGUAAAACUAAGGAGAAUGUCAGGAAUGGAUUAAAAAAAAAACUGUUAGAUACUGAACAAAUGGGCGGACAUAAUAACACUUUUAUACAUAUGGUACAACAGCCAAAUAAAGAAAGGAAAACAGAC